CGUGCCCUUUGCGUGUGGGCGGGGCUCGGGCCACACCCCGGAGAAGCAUCACAGAGCUCCAGGUGUUGACCUCACGGGGCAGAACCGCCGCCCUCCUUGCGGCCCUUCCACGGGUGGGGGGCUCUAGGCCCAGAAGGGGGGCCUGCAGGGGCGGGCGGGCGGGCUCCCUUCAGGCCAUCGCUGGCGCCCCCUGCCGGAGGCAGCCGAGAAGAGCCGUUGCGCGGCGCCCACCACAAAUCCUUGACGGGGCGGCUGGCAAGGUGCGAAGCGGCGGGGUUUCGGCCAGAGCGCCGUAGCCGAUUCGGGGCACCGGAGUUAAGCACACAACGCCCGACCCCCCCACAUGCCCGCAAUGGGUGGGGCAGAGCAAGGCGCCGCCGCCCCGCCCCGUCCGGCUAGAGCGCCUGAGGGGAAGCAGGUUCCCCCUUCCAGGAAGCGGCCGGGCGGGCGGCGGGCAGAAACCCUUGGCCGAGCCCCGCUCUCCUCCGCGCUCGCUUGCGCGCCAAGAGGCCGGGCACGAGCUUCUCUCGUGUGCGGCGUCGAGUCGCCGCGCCCGCCUGGCUCAGCUUCUGCCCGGCCGGCGCUGGCGAAAGUUGUGGAGGCGCUGGAAAUCCCCCGGCGGCUGGGCGCCUUUCGCUUUCGGCCUCGGGCAGAGCUGGCGAUGGCGGCGGGCGAGCGGAGCGUGAGCUCCGACCUCCGUUUCACCCAGAGCCGCUGCCCGCUGGUGCUGCUGCUCCUGCCGCUGCUGCUUCUGCCCGCCCGGCCAGCCUUGGGGAACGAGGGGGCGGCCGCCGGGAGCUGCCGCUGUGAGAAGUACCACACCGAGCCGGAGCUGGUCAGGCGGUUCCCCGACCGCCUGGUGAGCUGGGAGCGCUGCGGGCGCCUGACAAGGUUCACCUUCCCCAAGAAACUGGUGUGUGGCUGGGCCGACGCGCCCUGGGUGGUCCGGCUUAUCGCACGGAUGGAGGACAAGCGUGAGUUUUCCCCCAAAGGGUGGGGAGGGGCGGGAAACAGCCGCCCCCCAGCGCUGCAGAGGCAUCUGAGAGGGGCCUCAUUGCCUGCCCUGGCCGCUAAAUUAAUUACCAAACUUCAAAACCGUCACUCCCUCCCUCCCUGUCUCCCCCCCCUCUCCCUCUCUCUCAUACACCCACCCACCCAAUCUGCCCCAGAGGGACUCUGGGAGGUGUACAAGUAAAAUGUUAGAGGCAUAAAAACUGAAUGUGAACUUGAAAAGUUUGACAAAAUGAAAGAAAGGGAGGGGGGGUGUCUUCAGGGGCCAGCCAGCCCCAGGCAAAAUGGCAGAGCCAGAUGUUUCUGAAAGGAUGGGGGGCACCUCUUUUCUGGGAGGGAAUGUUUGGGGGGGUCCCCUCCUCUCCACCAGUUGGAACUCCUUGCCCAGCAGGGCUGGGGGCUUCCCUUUCCUGCCUGACCAUAUUUCCUUUUCUUGGCGGAAGGGAGGGGGUCUGCCCAGGUCGGCUCCUCUGAGAGCGGUGCCCAACCUGGCCCCACCAGCUGUGCCCCGCUUCAGCCUCUGAGCUCCGUGG